AUGUGCAAGGCCGCGGCGCAGACACACAGCAGUAGCCCGGGCGCAAUGCCAUGUGCGUCCGUGGCUUCGGCCCCGGGUAAAGACUCGGGCCAACAGAACACCUCAAACUGCGCCUAUUGCGCCAACCACGUCAAAGCUGUUAUGAUUACCCAGCGAGGACGCGAGAGCGUUCCUGUCGCCGGUGGCGUCAAUGAGAAAUCUUGCCAAAUCCUCGUACACUCGAGCACGCAAUCAUCGUUGCUACUGUCCAGGGUACAAAGGCAGCGAGGGGCCUUGCAUGACCAGGUGGCCCAGGUAUAUAAAAUAAAACACAAGCAACCACCUGCAAACCUGGAACUCAAAACGGCUGCUGGCACACGCAUGGGAGGCAUGCCUCGACUCCCCGCACCCACCGUCCGGUCCACGCCGGCAAGUGGUUCCAGCCGUUCCACAGAUGGGGACACAUCGACCAAACACCCUGAUAAUCGCCUUUGGGGCCUAGCUUGGGGUACUCUCGUGUACAUGCGUACUUGUAAGCUGAUCCUGGUGUGUGUCGGGCCCGCCCCUUUCUGCGACGACAGUGGCACACCAUGGCCGCUAAUGCUCGUGGCGCACCUUCUCCGCGCUCUCCUUGAAUGCGGAGAAGGCCAGUCUUUGCAGUGCCUCGCUUUGGAAUCCUCCGGCGGAUGCUCGGCUGCUUUGCCUCCCUGCCGCCAGAGUCUGAUCCUUGUGAAUGCCGCGGCGAGCUCGACCUGA